AGUUCUCCAGGCAACCACCGGGAGGACAGAGUGCACUAACUUCACUACGCUGGGCUUCUGCUUAAUGUGAGUCGCACCGGGGACUGAGAGCAGUUAUUCAACCCUUUGCUAUAAUUGUAGUUGGAUAAUCACCAAUACUCGCUACUUUCCUCUUUGAGAAGUAAGUCGUAACAACUGUGGCCGAGAAGAUAUAUUUUAUUGUAAGGAGUGUCAACACAUUGGCACCUCACAGCUGCUGGUCUGUCAACUCACGGUGUGACGUUAACGGUGGAAAUUAAAGCCCGUCAUGUUCAAUCCACACAUCCAUCAACAGCAGCAGCAGCAACAACAACAGCAGCAGCAACAGUUUCACCAGCACCUGCGGCAGCUACAACAACUUUUCCAGCAGCAGCCUCCACCUCCGCCGCAGCCGCCUCCUGGGCAUCAUGUCGCCCAUCACCACCACCAGGCACAGCGAGCCAUUCCUGUUGCUCCCCAGACAGCCCCUCCUCCCAGGAUGGUCAACCUGUGCCAGGCAACCCAGACCACCAUCCUAGCCCCCAAUCCCAUGCUGCAAGGGGCCCUGCUGAUGCAGCAGAUGCAGGGUAACAUGCGGGCUUUUGGGAUGGCUGGACAGCAGUUCCGUCAGUUCUUCACUGCUAGAUCCAGGUCGUCUCUGCUCGGGCCAGUUCCCAUGGGCAUGGCCAUCAAGUCCCCCAUGAUGGGUUUCCCAGCUGGUCGAUCAUUCCACCCACAUGCUCGCUACUACAACAACAACAACACCACAGCCUCUUCCUCCUCUUCCAUCACUAUUGCAGACUCUGCAGCUCGCCAGCCAGACAGGAAGAGGGACAGUGAGCAGAUGGCAGCAGAGAGCACAGACAACCAACCAGCAGCUGGCAGUACCAAUGAAACCACUGACAAGACUGAAACAGAUGGUGCCAUGGGAGGAAUGGAUGAACCCACACAGCCCUCCGAGGAGCAACUUGAAGAACCUGUAGUCAAAAAGCAGAGGACAGAGGGGUCAGAGGAACAAUGUGUUGUUGAGACGGUCACGAUUGCAGAUACAGAUGGGGAAGUUCUGUCUUCAGAGUGUAACAGCAACGCAGAGGACAGCCAGCCUGAAGAUUGCAUCCUUCUGGAGGAAGAAUGCUCCAUUCUGGAGGAAGAAUGCUCCACAGGGAGAUCAGAAGCGCUGGAGGAGAGCAAAGCUGCUGAGGUGCACAGCUGUUUGUCAGCCCCGUCCCCAUCUGCCAGGCUGAGUGAAGAUGACCAUCAGGUUGAUUUACUCUCAGAGGAGAUGCCACAGGGCAAAGAUGCCCCUUUGGCUUCACCAGACAACCAGCCGGAAGAAGAGGAUGGUGUAGUGGAGGGCGCCAGCACGUUCUACUGCUACCUCUGCAGCAUUACCUGCCACAACCAGCAAAACUUCAGGAGUCAUAUGAACAGUGUUUCCCACCAGCAGAGGAUGAUGGAGAUCCAACACAUGAGCAACGCUUGCCUGGUCACCCUGCUGCCACGAGUGCAGGAGUCUCUACAGGAAGCAAUCAAAGAUGGAGAGAAGAAAGCCGACUUGAAGCAUUGGUGUGCCACCUGUCACACCCACUUCACCAGUAGCAUCAUGGACCACCGUCGCACCGAGGAGCACAAACUCGCCAUAGCCAUCUCCUCCUGCACAGUCUGUAAGAAACACUUCAGGACCUCCCAGAUUUUUGUGGAGCACUUGCAGUCCCAGGAGCACAGGCAGAAAUUAGAGAAGCUCCAGGAGCAGGAGGGCUGCGAGGCCUUAGGCAAGCUGACGGCUAUGGACACAGACGGCUUCUCGUUGGAAGAGGUGGAGGGCAGUGAGGUGGAGGAAGGAGAGAAAAGACAGAUAAAUGAACAGGUACAGGAUGACUGGUCCUCCCUUAAAGAAGUCUCUCUAAAGGACAUGGCCAGUGAUGAGCAGUAUGACUCUGACACAGUCUACGGGUCCAGUUUUUUUGUUCCAGUAGCAGGUUUUAUCUGCAGACUCUGCAACAAGUUUUACCACUUUGAAUCGUCUGCCCUACACACCCACUGCAAAUCAAUCAAGCACUUUGAGAACCUCAAGAGGUACAGAGAGUUGCGGAGUCAAAAAAGUGGAGCUGUUGAAUCUUCCAGAGAGUCUCUCCUAGCUGCAGACAGCCUCAGACCUGUAACAGAAACCACCACAGACUGUACGGAUGAAAAUUCCCUUUCUGAUGAGACUGGUUCAGUGACGAACCUGAACUCCAUCCAGCCCAUCAUUACACUCACCCGGUUGACCGUGCAGACAGAAAACCAGCAACAAGCAGAACCUGACCCAACCUCACAGGACUCUAUCAGUACCUCAGCGACCAGCACUGGCAACACAGACCAAGAGCUCAGCCUCCACAUCAAGGAAGAGACCACAUCCCAGGUCUCUGUAGUUCUGGAGAAUCCAGCCGAGCUGCCUGCUGGUAGCAGAGAGGAGCCAGACUCGGAGCCAGCAGCUGCUGCUGAGGAUGCAAAUGGAGACGAGGAGGAGAGGGAAGCUCCUGCUGUCCCAGGGAAAAAGAAUGGCACAGGGAAGGCAAAACCCAAACGCAGGUCAGGCAGGGCCACAAACAGACGCUGAGUCACAGAUAAGAUGUGGAAAGAGUGGAAACCUGGCACAAUCGUAACCUUAGGACAGGAUGUGUCAGUAUGUGAAGAGAUUCUUCCAUGAAACCGAGACCAAGAAGUGAACAGCCCUGCCUCUCUCCAUGUUGGGACGUCUGAAUUAACCACACACCAACAAAUAGGAAGAAUGAUGGUGAAUCACGGUGGAGCAUGACUUCUUAUGUGAUGCUCUUCCAGGGUGGGACAUUUAACACCUGACAGCUGUUGCAUACAUGUAAAAUCAGUGAUGGGUGGCUAAGUAUCUGAAUAUUGGCUACCAGUCAGAGAAUGAUGUUCUCGAAUCUUUAGCCUCGCCAUUAGAUUACAGCAAUCAAAAUGAGAUCAUUAUAAGAUAUGUAAAUGUAGCUCACAGCAAACACUUUUUCUUCCAUAUUAACAAAUCUGUAAAAACUGCAUUUAUGCUGCCUUUUUAAUUAGGAGAAGCUUCUUAUUGGUUACCCACUAGAAAAACCAUCACCUGGAUACACAUGCUGUGUCCCAAUUCCAUACUUGGUACUUCAAAUCUAAACGGUGUCAAAAUGAAGUAUGCAUAAAACGUCAGUUGCACUAUUCUGCCACAAGGCGAAAAGGAAAUGGAGGAGCUGUUCACAGCAGCAAAACAUUAAAAAAAAAUUGUGGAUAAUAUUUUUUGUGAAACCCCACAUAACUACUGGAUGACUUGCCAUGAAAUAUAUUAUGGACACUUGUGUCCCAAUUAGGAUGAAUUGUAAUAACUUUGGAGAUCCCCUGUCCAUCUAGAGCCAUCAUCGGGUCAAAAUUCCAAUUUGUCCAAUAUUUUGUUUCAUGACCAUGGAUGAAAUACCUGCAAAACUAAUGAUUGUUUACUUAAUAUAACCUACAAGUGAAGACAUUUUCAACAUUGCUAACCAUGUUGUGGCACAUGCUUUUAGUGAGCUGAAAUGUAGAAUCUAACCAGUUUAAGGGUUUGAGCGGGUGGCGACUUUUGUUUAAAGAAAGGGUUAAAAGGGUACUUUGGCUUGAGUGUUGAGCAAUGCUGAACCUUGAAUCUGAUCAUAACUUUGUUCAGGGCUUUUGAUUAUCCUUAUUUAUUUUUGACAUUUUGUGUUAAAGUUGAUGCCGUGUUUUGGGCACAGAAGUUGUCAGCAGCUGUGGCCUUCUCACUGAAAGUUUAAAAUGUGUUGGGAUUCAACACAAUCUGUAGGAGCUGAUGUAGUAUUGAACAUAUGUCAACAAAAUGUCUAAAACAUCUGUAACAUCUGCACACAGAGGAUCCACACAGACUUUUAGCUCAAAAUUCAUAAAGAUAAAAGCACUUGCAUUCAAUGGAUUGUGUUGGCAUAACAGUGAUUUUAUACAAAAUCCUGUUUGAUGUCACAUUCCCAUUUACAGUUGCUAGUUUGCCUACAUUAAAAAAAA